ACCCAAGUGUGCGGGUGGGUGGCCGCCACACGCUCGCUGCGCCCGCGUGCGUGUGCUCGCCUCCCUCCCUCACCCCACGCACCAGCUCCCCACUCCCCCAGGCAGCCGUCCCCUGCACCUGCCCGCGCCCAUCCAUCCGGCCACCCUCCAUCGCCGGCUGCCGCGGACCAUCCGGCUGGGGAUCAAGAUCCGUCGAGGCCGAUCUAGGUACCCGCGCCGCAAAGAAAGAUCGUUUCUUGAUCUGAAUUUGUGUGGGCGUUUGGGGGUUUGGAUCAAAGCUUGGUUCUUUGUGCGGGCAUGGUUCCGUUGGUACGGAGCAGGGAGGAACAUUAAUCUGGGUAUGGUGGCUGACACAGAAAGCUCAGAUUCACUGCCUGGAAGUUCAAAUGCUGCUGUCGAGAUGCCUAUUCAUGGGUCUCUUGAUCAAAGAUCUCAGGAAAAGACUCCAAAGAAAACUCAUAAGGCUGAACGAGAGAAGCUCAAGCGUGAUCAGUUGAAUGAACUUUUUCUUGAGCUCGGCAGUAUGCUAGAUCUUGAUCGACAAAAUACAGGAAAAGCUACAGUAGUAGGUGAUGCUGCGCGAGUACUGCGAGAUCUGGUCACUCAAGUAGAAUCCCUCAGAAAGGAACAAUCUGCUCUCCUAUUGGAACGUCAAUAUGUCAGUUUAGAGAAGUCCGAGCUGCAAGAGGAGAACGCUACACUCAAAUCCCAAAUAUCAGAACUAGCAAACAAGCUCUGCGCAAGGAUGGGGAAUAGCAGCCUUGGGAUGUUACAUCGAGUGGCGAACACAAGAAGCCCUGAUUUGGCGACACACCCCUUGCCACAUCAGAUGUGGAGCAACAUUCCUAAUAUAAGCUCUGUGGCCAUGGCCCACCAAAUGAAUACAGCAUCACCGCUGCACAGUCAACAUCACUCUGCCAAUAAUGCUGAAGUUUAUGCACUGCGGCCUCAGGAGCUGCAGCUCUUUCCAGGGGCGUCGUCGUCACCAGAGCGUGAAUGUUCCCAUCCCAGAAGUGCAGGAGCCACCUCUUCGAGCCUCACCGAUUCUUUGCCAAGUCAGCUUUGCUUGAGCCUUACACAAUCAUCUCAAGAAGAACGCACCAGUGAUGUGCUGGUUGACACUGAGAGAACGACAAAACAGUUAGCAGAUUGCUGAUACUGGAAUGAAUCAGUAUUUGGUGGUAGUGAGAUUGUCCUGUAAAUACCAAGAAUGCCCUCCCUUUACUGGUUCAGAACUCAUGUUAUAGAUGCCCUGUACUAGCGCUUGUUCUACAGACUCCCUAAUCAUGUCUGCCUUAGUUCUGAACUUCUGAUGCUGAUCAAAGAUUCAGACUUGAUGUAAAUAGUUACUAUGUACUGAACUGAUUCAGACUGGUGCUUGGUGGAGACGUGAAGCAGAGAGGCCCUCCCACCCAACCUU